AUGGCUCCCCCUUCUUCCGCCCAGUCCCUUCCGCCGUCCGUCGAGGAGGCCUACCGCAGGAAAUGCGGUCUGCUGAAGCAGCGUAUGGCUGAUGUCGAGGAGACGAAUGAUGCCGUGCGUGUGCGCCUGGCCAGGCUGAAGCGACAGGUCGAGAAGCAGCGCCUCGAGCGGGCCUUUCUUCUCGAACAGCUCGCCAAGCGCACCAGCGCCAAUGUGGAGGAUUCCGAUGGCAGCCCGAGCCCGCCUCCGACCCCGAAAGACAAGCCUCUGAGGACGAAGCGUGGACACAGGAAAGCCUCGCUUACCGGCAUCGGCGGCGAGCCCGGCUCGACUGCCACGACCUUUAUCAACCAGAACCUACAGGCGCAGUCACCGAACUCGGAUGCGGCCAGCAACCAUGUGGACAGCCAGACCCUGGAAACGCAGGGAUCGGCCAAGAGCGGCGGCAAGGGCAAGGACAAAGUCAAGGACAAGAAUAGCAAGGUCGACGGCGGAGACAAGGACAAGGACGGCGCCAACGGGAUGGCCAAGGGACCGCUGAAGCGGCCAGUCAACGGCUUCGAGCUGUACUGCGCAGAGGUACGACCCGGCCUGGCCGAAAAGAAGCAGGAGAAGGCCAAGAUGGGCGGCGGCGACGAAGCGGACGAUGUCGACAUGGAGGACGCUGUCGAGUAUGGCGCGGGCAGCAGCAGCAUCGAGGCCGAUCUGGCCCGUGGCUGGACGGACAUGCCUCAGAGCCAUAAGGACGAGUUUGAGGCACGCGCAGCCGAGGAGCUGGCGAAGCACAAGAAGGCCAAGGAGGAUGCGCGGCAGCAGAAGCAAAAGGACAAGGGAGACGACACCGAGAAGGAGGGUGAGCACAACGCCGAAACCGAGGAUGCCAAGGCCGGAGAAGAAAAGAAGGAAUCGGCCAAACGUGUCGUCAAGGAGGAAGACACGGAGAUGGCUGACGAGAAUGCGGCGCCGUCGAUUGACAGCAAGGAAUAA